UAGGCACACAAUGUGGAACAAAUAAAUUAAUAUUUUAUUCUUUUAAUAAUUUGGAAAAAGUCAUUGAGCGUGGUUUGUUUUUCCUUUUCCAAUUUCCACUUGCACUGAUUCUUAUUAUUAAGCAAACUUAAUCAUCAUCAUCAUCAUCAGAGCGCCAUGGGGGAGGGGCAGCAAGACGAUGGAGUAGUCGACAUCUUGAUUGACUUGGUCAACGAGAUUCGUUCCAUCUCUGAUUUCAGGCCUAUGCUCAAGAAGCACUUUUCCAACUUAGCCAGAAGGCUCAAUCUUCUCACCCCUUUCUUCCAAGAAAUCAGCGACUUCAACCCUGCUCUUCUCCCUCCCAACACUUUCAAUGCCCUGCUGAGCUUAGGACCAAAUUAUGACUAAGUUCUAUGAGGUCUCGGCUAGGUUGGAGCAGUCUUUGGCGGCGGUUUCAUGUGAUCAACUCGACAUUUCAGAUGAAGUUAAGGAGCAGGUUGAGCUAGUUCUUGCUCAGUUCAGAAGAGCAAAAGGGAGGGUUGAUGAACCUGAUACCAAGUUGUAUGAGGAUGUGUUGUCCCUCUAUAACAAUAACACUGAUGUAGCUACCAAUCCAGAUGUUUUUCGGCAGUUAGCAGAGAAGUUGGAAUUGAUGGGAAUAACUGAUCUCACACAAGAGUCACUUGCCCUGCACGAGAUGGUGGCCGUAAGUGGUGGCGAUCCGGCCGGACGCAUUGAGAAGAUGUCCAUGCUAUUGAAGAAGAUAAAAGAUUAUGUUCAAACUGAAAAUCUAGUUGUGUAUGAUACUGUAGGAGGAAAGGGCCAUUCUUCAAAAACCAGCAAACAAGUCUCAAAUGAAAGGAAUCAUCAGACGCCUGUUAUCCCUGAUGAUUUUCGAUGUCCUGUUUCUCUUGAAUUGAUGAAGGAUCCUGUCAUUGUUUCAACAGGACAGACUUAUGACCGUUCUUCUAUUGAGAAGUGGUUAGAAGCAGGGCAUGGUACAUGCCCAAAAACACAGCAGAGCCUCACUAGUACCGUCCUCACACCCAACUAUGUCUUGCGAAGCCUCAUAGAACAAUGGUGCGAAGCAAAUGGCAUGGAACCACCGAGACGACCAAGCAAUUCCGAACCUAGUAAAUCAGUGUCGGCUUAUGCCCCGGCCGAACGAAGCAAGAUUGAAACUCUUCUCCAAAGGCUGACUUGUGGCAGUCCAGAAGAGCGAAGAACAGCUGCAGGGGAGAUCCGGCUUCUUGCAAAGCGCAAUGCAGAUAACCGUGUGGCCAUUGCAGAAGCCGGUGCAAUACCUCUCCUUGUUGGUCUCCUCUCUGUGCCUGAUUCCCGCACUCAAGAGAAUGCUGUUACCGCACUUCUGAAUCUUUCUAUAUAUGAAAACAACAAAGGAAGCAUUGUAUCUUCAGGGGCAAUUCCAGGCAUAGUUCAUGUGCUCAAGAAGGGAAGCAUGGAAGCUCGAGAAAAUGCAGCAGCAACACUUUUCAGCCUAUCAGUUAUUGAUGAAAACAAGGUUACAAUUGGUGCUUCAGGAGCCAUACCUCCAUUAGUAACACUUCUAAGUGAGGGUACUCAGAGGGGUAAGAAAGAUGCUGCAACAGCACUCUUUAAUCUAUGCAUUUAUCAAGGGAACAAGGGAAAGGCAAUCAGGGCCGGUGCCAUUCCCACAUUGAUGAAACUUGUAACAGAACCCAAUGGAAGCAUGGUGGAUGAAGCGUUGGCCAUUUUGGCAAUAUUGUCUAGCCAUCCUGAUGGAAAGGCUGCCAUUGGUGCUGCAGAGGCAGUGCCCUUUUUGGUACAGUUUAUUGCAAAUGGUUCACCCAGGAACAAAGAAAAUGCGGCUGCUGUCUUGGUUCAUCUUUCUUCUGGAGAUCAACAAUAUCUGGCUCAGGCCCGAGAGCUCGGCGUGAUGGAUCCUUUGUUGGAUUUGGCUCAAAAUGGCACAGAUAGAGGAAAAAGGAAGGCAGCACAAUUGCUAGAACGCAUGAGCAGGUUCCUUGAGCAGCAGAGUCAAAAUGAACUGAACCAUGUUGCACAUACCAGCAUUGAUAAUACCUAAUAUGUGUUUGUUCUAUGCUUUUUGAUCAUUUGACAUUUUGUCCCCUUUCUUUUUAAGUGUUAGAGGAAAGGGUGGAAGAUCACCAAGCUACUCCAUUAAUUCAUUUGUUUUGUGUAAUAUAAUACAGAAAAUAACAAUGGCAAAAACUCUGAAAAGGGAGAAGAAACAUAUAUACAAGAAAUGGACCAGGUGUGCCUGACCUAUAAGAGUGUCAAAUUAUAACAUAUAUUAUCCUCAUCAUCCUCAAUGUUCAUGUAAAUAGGCCUUUGAACUUGCAA